AUGGACAAGCGCAUUAUAUCAAGAAAGGAGCGUGAGCAGGUGGAGCUACGCAAGUUACCCGAAGACCUGCGUCGUAAAAAGGAAUGUCGCAAAGUAAUUCGGCAGAUUCUCAAGCAGCGCAAGGCUCUUAGUUUUCCUAGUGGCGAAAUUGUGGUUCAAGUUAGAGGUGCAUCGCAGAAACAGAAGGAGAUGAACCAAGAGUCAAUGCGAAUCACUCUCGUCUUCCUCCGCGACGGCUACUUGAGUAUGAGAGCCCAGGCGGUACCAUUCUACACGAUAAGGGAAGAUGUUGAGUUUUAUGGCAUCGAAACGAGUAAAAUAAAGGAAAGAGACAGCGGUCUAAUUGAGCGUCUCGAGGACAGCGACCCUGAUACAACUGAGCCCAGCGACGAAGACACCACAGACAGCGAAAGCGACAGCGACAGCGAUAUUUGGUACAGCGAUUACGACAAGGCACGAGCAAAACACGCGAAGCAAGAAGCGCGUGGCAAAGCCAUCGAAGCAUGGCUUGAGGAACGCAUUGCUUCAGGAGAGGAAGAACCCGUCGAAAGCAUGGAAGCACGCAGAACAAGUCUGGAAGAUUAUAAUCAAGUUCUCAAGUGGAAUCUCUGGUCUACUUCAUAUCUCGACAUGCUCGUCGCUAAAAAAGGCUGGCGAACUGAUAAUGAAUUAUUCCACGGCGGCGGUUGCGGCAACUUCAGCAUCACAACAUACGGCCGGGUGGACGGUAGGCCUGCUAAGGGCACCCUGACUCUUCCGCCGCAGUACGAUCACUUCCCAGGCGAUCUUAAGUGGACGAUGGAGAGAAGCAUUGUAAACUCUAAGCGACUUAACGCCAUCAUGUCCACCGAAGACUCGCCGCAUAAACUGAAGUUUCGCAUAUGCUUUGUUGAGAAUGGGCAUAUGAAGAUACGCAUUCCAGCUCACGAGAUUAGAGGAAGCAGAGAAAACGGUCUCAUCGACUUCUACGCUAUCGCUGAGGACUUGCCAGGUUUUCGUCCUCAUCAAAGGCGGCGUAGUGUGGUUAGAGAGUGGUGGGGAAAGACGCCUGAUGGACUGGUGUACAACCCGCCUACCGGCGCUAUAGAAGACAGUCGUAGCGAAUGUUCGGACCACCCGGAUAACUGUACGCACUUCGAUCCAUACGACCGCGGGAUUUAA